AUGGUACGGCAGGUGUGGAUCGUAAUGCAGGCAGCGCUGUUUGUCUCUCAGUGUGCAGGGAGGGGCGAUAUAGUGAUUAACGACUUCCCUAAAGGUCCCGCGCCGGAGGGCGUGGUGGAUCUCCACAUAGCUGGCCUAUUCCCGAUGGAGGGAGCGUGGCCCGGUGGACAAACCCUAGUACCUGCGACGGAGUUGGCCUUAUCGAUGAUUAACAAUCGCUCGGACAUUCUACCUGGAUACCGACUCGUCAUACAUUGGAUUAACGACAAGUGCUGGGCCGGACUAGGCGUGCACGGACUACAUGAGCUCAUUUUCAAUGAUACAAACAUAAAGGUGUUAGUGAUCGGUGCUGGUUGUUCGCCUGUCAGCCAGGCAACGGCUGAAGUAUCUCACUACUGGAACCUAGUGCAGAUAUCACCAUCAUCAGUGGCACCCUCCUUGUCUGACCGGAAGCGUUUUCCGCUUUUCUUUCGCACGGCCACCGCUGAGGACACAAUGAAUAAUAUCCGCAUAGAGCUGAUGAAACACCUCAACUGGAAACGCGUCUCAAUUAUGCAAGAAGCACUAGAGAUUUUCACGACGGCAUCAGAGCCAUUUGUUCAGAUGCUCGCAGAGAACAAUUUCACAUUGCAAAUGAAUUUGCUGAUCCAAUCAGGUGAUGAUCCUAGACCAUCUAUUGAGAUCCUUCAGAGAAACGACGUGCGCAUAAUAUUUGGUGGAUUUUAUCCUGAAAGGGCGACACGGGUUUUCUGCGAGGCAUACAAGCUAGGGUUUUACGGUCCUAAGAUCCAGUGGAUUUUGGUCGGCUGGUACGACGACAACUGGUGGGACUACCAGGACCCAUCGCUGUACAACUGCACGCUUGAGCAGGUGUUUAUCGCCAUGGACGGUUACCUAGCAACGGGCGCCGUCUUCUUUAACCCGUUGGAUGAGGUCAGUAUCGCCGGCAUCACAUCGCGACAGUACAGGCAGAUGUUCAGCGACUACACUAACGGACGUAUCCUACCGGGCAUUAGAUUCGCAGGUUGGGCGUUCGACUGCAUUUGGGCAGCUGCAUUGAGCCUAAACAAAACUGAUGGGAUGCUGGCGUCGUUAGGGCAAAAGAUGCGACAUUUUUACCACUUGGACGAAGCUACAACGAACAUGAUAUUCGAUAAUAUGGCCAACAUAGACUUCACAGGAACAAUGGGAAGAGUGAGGUUUGACAAAAGUGGAAGUGCUCUUGGUUUACAGAAAAUAGCCCAAUUUCAAGGCAGGAAAAUUGUCGCAAUCGGUGUAUUCGAAGAAGAAGGUCAGCGAAUCGAAGAAGGAAUCAUCCGUCCAUUUGUUUGGAGAACACCGGACCGAGCGCCGUACGACGGAAAGCAAGUGUAUUGGUACAAGCUGGUGGUGAAUAAACAAGUGUACAUUGGCAUGUGUUUGCUCGCCGUCUGCGGCGUAAUCCUGACGCUAGGAUUUCUUAUCUUCAAUGUCACAUGCAGGGCUUGUCCUAUUGUUAAGAUGUCCUCGCCGACGAUAAAUAACCUCAUUCUAAUGGGCUGCGUCCUCAACUAUAGCGUCGUUUUCUUUGCGCACACGUCGACCCGCUCGGAGCCAGAACAGAUUCUUGCCUUCUGUAUGGUGCACAACGUGUUGCUGGCAGCCGGAUUUUCCUUGGGCUUUGGCGCGCUCUUCGCUAAAACCUGGCGCGUUCACGUAAUAUUCACCAGCGUGCAACAGAACCAGCGCAAGGUGAUUAAAGACAGAAAGCUUGUGUUUAUGGUGCUGAUGCUCGUCGGAGUAAACAUAGCAAUACUCGUCACAUGGGAAAUAAUAGACCCGAAAUAUAUCGUCCAAAGCCAGAUUUCAGAACAGUCGGACAUGAUGGAUGCUGAUAUCGUGUACCAUGCUUUCACCGACACGUGUACGUCCUCACGAGAAAUGUACUUUAUCAGCUCCAUAUACUGCGUGCUGGGACUACUUCUGAUCGUUGGCGCGGUUCUAGCCUGGGAGACGAGACAGGUCAAGGUCGAGGCACUCAAUGAUAGUCAGCUUAUCGGCAUCUGCAUCUACAACGCGGUCGUGCUCUCCGUGAUGGGAGUUGCUGUGGCGUUCGUGCUCACCGACCAGCCCUCUCUUCGCUACGCCCUCCUAGCUGGCUUCAUCAUCAUUGGAACUACGUUUACCUCUUGCCUGAUCUUUGUCCCAAAGCCAGAGAACUAA